GUUUUGCAGCUUCAGCUUCAGUUUAUUGUCAUUUAUCUGACCAGGCGUUGCCAUGGAGGAGGUGACCCGCCUGAUGUCCACAGGCGACUCUGUGAAGCUCUGGGAUGCGGUUUCCAUGGCACCUCUGGAGCAGUUUAACCCACACAGCAUCAGCCACCCCGUCGCUCAGGCCUGCUGGAGCUCCAACAACCAGUUCAUGGUCAGUGCCAGCAGCAGUGGAGACAAACUGGUGGUUUCCAGCCUCAAGUCGUCUCCUGUUCCAGUGGUGGAGCUGGCUGAGGGGAAAAAACAGACUCGUGUGUGUUUGAGUUCGUCAUCUCAGUUUCUGGUCAGUGGAGGUCUGGAUCACUGCGUUCACAUCUGGAACCUGAAGACCACGAGACUGCACCGCUCGCUGAAGGACCACAAAGAAGAGGUGACCUGCGUUUCCUUUAAUGCCAAUGACAGCUACAUCGCCUCCGGCUCCACCAGCGGAGAUCUGGUCCUCCACAGUCUGACCACCAACCUGUCCAGCAAAGCCUUCGGCCACGGCAGCGACCAGCCCAUCCAUGACCUGAGGCUGUCCACGCUGAAGCGCUCCCUGCUGGGCAGCGUUUCUGACAGCGGCACCGUGGUCCUGUGGGACUCCAACACCCAGAAGGAGCUGCAGGUGUUUGACAGCGCCCACAAGGCCCCGGGCUCCGGCCUGGCCUUCUCCCCCAUCAGCGAACUGCUGGUGGUCAGCGUCGGUCUGGACAAGAAGAUCGUCUUCUACGACACCGCCAGCAAGAUUGUCGUGAGGUCGAUCCGGGUGGAUAAUCCGCUGACCUCGGUGGACUUUACUCCGGACGGUACUGGUCUGGUGGUCGGAUCCACUCGGGGAAAGAUCUACCAGUAUGACCUGAGGAACUGUAAUGCGUCCACCAGGAUCACUGUGGCACAUAAAACCUCCGUGACCUGCCUGCGCUUCCAGAGCGCCGCCAGCAGACACAAGAGCUCCACCAAGAUUUCCAGCACCAAGAGACCUUCUACCAAACUGUCCAGCAGCCAGCAAGACCCCGCCCCCUCCCCCGGCACAGGCCCCGCCCCCCACAGACAGAUGACAGCAGGAGGCGCCGGAGCAGAGCUGAUGAGCAGAGAGGCUGAAGGCCAGCAGGGAGCGGAGCAGCCGCCCGUCGGACAAAACAGCGUGGACGUCUUCUCUCCUGCAGUUACCAGUUCGAAGCUGCUGUCCAGAGAAGGGGAGGGUCAGCAGUUCAUCGGCCGCGGCAGCCUGGACAUUUUCUCCCCAGUCAGAGAAGUUACCAGUCUGGAGCUGCUGUCCAGAGAAGGGGAGGGUCAGCAGUUCGUCGGCCGCAGCAGCCUGGACAUUUUCUCCCCAGUCAGAGAAGACUCUAGGACCCAGGGGACGCCUGGAGACACACCUUUCGGAAGAACACAAGUAACCAGUCUGGAGCUGCAGGCCAGAGACGGGGAGGGUCAGAAGUUCGUCGGCCGCAGCAGCCUGGACAUUUUCUCCCCAGUCAGAGAAGACGCUGACUCGGGUGCUAACUCGCACCGUAAGACGCCCCUGCUGGCCUCGGCAGGGCGCUGCUACAGCCCGCUGUCCAUCUUCCAGACGCCCCCGCCAAUCAAAGAAGAGGAGCCGAUCGCCGCUGCUGCGGCUGCUGCGGCUGAACCAUGUGACUCUAGAAAGUCCGACAAGGCCAGCUGCUCCAGCCUGGAGGGUCAGGAUCAGACCACGCCCACCCCGCCCCAGCAGACCAAUCACAGCCAGCCGGCCCCGCCCUUCUUCACUCCGGAGCCCAGCCUCAGGAGAGCCAAUGGUAUUCAAGCUCAGCUGAGCUACGACUCACCUGUCCAAGGAGCUCCGCCCACCACCACCACCACAGACGCCUCCUCUUCCUCCUCCUCCUCCUCCUCUCUCCCUCAGCACAUGGCAGAGGUGGCGGGACAGUCAGCGGCUGCUCCUCUCACCUCCCUGCAGGUCCACUUCAUCCAGAACAUGAUCCAUGACGCCGUGGAGGACUGCAGAGACGCCUGUCACCGAGACAUCAUCAACCUCCAGGUGGAGAUGAUCCGACAGUUUUACAUCCAGCUGAACGAGAUCCACAGUCUGGUGGAGAAAUUCUCUGUGAACGAGUCUCUGGUGGAGGAGAUCGAGAGGCUGCGAGAGGAGAACCGCCAGCUGAGGACCAACUACUGACCACAGCAUGUGUGUGUGUCUGUGAUGCCCCGAGUGCAGCCUGCCAGGCGCGCAGCAGGGCUGUGAUUGAGUCUGAACACCAACAGUGCCUGUCCGACCAGUGAGGUCCAUGUGUGCGUUCUGUAGCUGGAGACUGGAUUUAUCAUUAAUAAUCAGUCUAUAAAGAGUUAAUAACCGGAUUAUAACACACUGUGAUGUCGCUGUCAGCUGAUAUAAAUGUUCAUUAAUGUAGAAACAGAUCAUGAAUGACAAA